AUGCCGGAAUUGUCAUCAAAGGGCAUCGCUAUUUCCAAAAAGGGAUUCAAAAAAGCGGUUAGCAAAACUCACAAGAAGGAGGAGAAAAAGCGCAAAAAGUGUCGCAAAGAGAGCUAUUCCAUUUAUAUCUAUAAGGUGUUGAAGCAGGUUCAUCCAGAUACUGGUAUUUCUUCAAAGGCCAUGAGCAUCAUGAAUUCCUUUGUAACUGACAUCUUCGAACGAAUCGCAGGGGAGUCGUCGCGCUUGGCCCAUUACAACAAGCGCUCGACCAUCACUUCCAGGGAGAUCCAGACAGCCAUGCGCCUGUUGCUGCCUGGGGAGUUGGCCAAGCACGCUGUGUCUGAGGGUACUAAGGCCGUUACAAAGUACACGAGCUCCAAGUAA